CUUUAGGGGGCUCUAUAAUGUAAAUAUAAAGACUGUCAAACCGAAAGUGUCAAGUUAGCGGUAAAUAGAUUAAAACAUACGAUAUCUACAAAAUGUCUUCACAAAAGAAGAAGAAAAAGAAUAAUACGUUGUGACAUCGUUGCUCAUUAUGGAGGAAGAAGAAUCCAUUCCGUCAAAGCCAAAUGUUUAUGUGGAGAGAGGGAGGGCUGCCUUUAAAAUGGGUUUUUAUGAUGAGAGAAAAGAAGAGCGUGAUGUUCAUCAUCCGUUGCAGAGUGCAGCAUCUCCAGCUCCCAGCUAUGUGUCUUUGAAGAGUGACAGAUCCAUGGCUGAGCCUCCUAAAUUCAGUGAUAAAGCUGAAUAUUUUCAACCCAGUAUUUUCAGUCUUUCAGAGAAAAAGGAGGAUUGUGAUGUUCACUACCAGUUUCAGAGAGCAGCAUCAUCUCUGCCAAGCUAUGGGUCUUUGAAGAGUGACAGAUCCAUGGCUGAACCUCCAAAAUUCAGUGACAAAGUAGGACACUUGCAAGCCAGUGGAAAAAAGAAACAUGUGGAUCAAGAUCAGCCUACAUGCCUGUCUGGAGAUUUUGACUGCUUUCAAUGCUCUUACCAACCAAUUGAUGGAAACCUACAGCGUAUCAAAAAUAGUCACAAAACAAGCAUGAAGAACAAGUAUGAGAGCUUGUUUGAAGGAAUUAAUAUACAGGAGAACAAAACCCUCUUGAACAAGAUUUACACACAGCUUUAUAUAAUAGAGGGAGAGAGUGAAGGGGUGAAUGAAGAACACGAAGUUGUACAAAUAGAGAAAGCCAGGACUGAACGCUUACAAGGUACUCCAAUCAACUGCAAUGACAUUUUCCAUCCCAUAUCUGAUCCAAGUUAUGAGAGAAAAAAUGAAAAAGAAAACGUAAAGACUGUUCUUACCAAAGGCAUUGCUGGAAUUGGAAAAACAGUCUCUGUGCAAAAGUUCAUUCUAGAUUGGGCUGAGGGCAAAGCUAAUCAGGAUAUUGAAUUUCUAUUUGUUCUUCCAUUUCGGGAACUCAACUUGGUUAAAGAUGACCAGUACAGUCUUCACAGACUUCUUCUCGACUUCCACCCAGAACUUCCUGAGUUUGAUACAAAGAUAUAUGAUUCGUCUAAAGUCUUAUUCAUCUUUGAUGGUCUGGAUGAAAGUAGAAUUACAUUGACAUUUUUACACUGUGAAAAAGUUUCUGAUGUGUCUACAACAUCGUCAAUGAGCAUGUUGAUGUCAAAUCUCAUUAAAGGAGAGCUGCUGCCCUCUGCCCUCAUCUGGAUCACAUCCAGACCGGCAGCAGCCAGUCUGAUCCCCUCUCAUUACAUCAGCCGUGUGACAGAAGUACAAGGAUUCAAUGACCUUCAGAAGGAGGAAUAUUUCAGGAAGAGAAUCAGCGAUCAACAUCAAGCCAGCAGAAUCAUCUCACACAUAAGAACAGCAAGAAGCCUCCACAUCAUGUGUCACAUACCGGUCUUCUGCUGGAUCUCGGCCACUGUGCUUCAGAACAUCCUGAAACAAGAUCACAGUGCAGAAAUCCCCAAAACACUAACCGAAAUGUACAUACAUUUUUUGAUCAUUCAGGCUGAUAUGAAGAAGAAGAAGUAUGGUGAGAGAAAUGGAAAAGAUCCAAAGUUGCUACUGCAGUCAGAAAGAGAUGUGAUUUUGAAACUUGCUGAGCUGGCUUUCAAAGCUCUGAUGAAUGGUGAUGUCCUUUUUUAUGACGAGGACUUGAAAGAGUGUGGCAUAGAUGUCAAUGACGCCUUGGUGUAUUCUGGGAUUUGCACUGAGAUCUUUAAGGAGGAAUCUGUGAUCUGUUCAAGGAAGGUCUACUGCUUUGUUCACCUGAGCUUUCAAGAGUUUUUUGCAGCGCUUUUUUUGUUUGACAACUAUUUAAACAAGAACAGUGAUGUUCUGAAAAUGUUCAAGAAGAAGAAAGGGAGAGGAAAGCUCAAAUCACAGUCCAGUGAGGUUUCACUAGAUGCAUUCCUUAAAGUUGCAGUAGAUGAAGCACUGAAGAGUGAAAAUGGACACCUUGAUCUUUUCCUUCGAUUUCUUCAUGGCAUCUCACUGGAGUCAAAUCAGAGACUUCUCCAAGGUCUGCUCACACACAUGGAGGACAACCCUGAAAGCAUGAAGAAAGUGAUAAAAAACCUCAAACAAAGUCAAAAGCAGAAUGUUAGGCCAGAAAGAUGGAUUAAUCUCUCACAUUGCUUGAUUGAAAUGAAAGAUACUUCUAUUCUUGAAUACAUUCAGGCUUUCCUUAAACCUGAAGGAAAAGAAAAAAAAAAUCUAUCAUCUACCCACUGUUCAGCUUUGGCUAACAUGCUUCUGAUGGCAGAGGAUGUGCUGGAAGAGCUAAAUCUCAAGAAAUACAACACAAAAUCCAUAGAGGCUCAGAGGAGACUGGUACCAGCUGUGAGGAACUGCCGAAAAGCACUAUUGGCAGGCUGUAAUCUCACUGAACAAUCAUGUGAAACUGUGGCAUCGGCUCUACAGCCAGCAAAUUCCCCUGUGAGAGAGUUGGACAUGAGUAACAAUGACCUGCAGGACUCAGGUGUGAAGCUCAUUUCUCUUGGACUCAAGAGUUCACACUGUAAACUGGAGAUACUGAGAUUGAAAUGCUGUAAACUUACCAUACAGUCCUGUGAGUCUGUGGCUUCAGCUCUGCUAUCAGCGAAUUCAUGCCUGAGAGAGCUGGACCUCAGUAACAAUGACCUUCAGGAUUCAGGAUUGAAGCUGCUCGCUGCUGGAUUGAAAAGUCCACACUGUAAACUGGAGAUAUUAAGUUUGGCUGGCUCUAAACUCACGGACCAGUCUUGUGAAACUCUGGGCUCAGUGCUACAGUCAAUGGACUCCUGUUUGAGAGAGUUGGAUCUGAGUAAUAACAACCUGAAGGAUUCAGGGCUGGAAUGGCUCUCUGCUGGAUUGAAUAGCUGUAAAGUGGAAAAACUAAGAUUGGCCAGCUGUAAUCUCACUGGUCAGUCCUGUGAAAUGAUUUCUUCAACUCUACAAUCAGUGAACUGUCUUCUGAAGGAGUUGGACAUGAGCAACAAUGACCUGCAGGAUUUAGGAGUGGAGAUAUUCUCAGCUGGACUGAAGAGUCCACACUGUAAACUGGAGAUACUGAGAAUGUCAAUUUGUAAUCUCACUGGUUGGUCCUGUGCAACUGUGGCCUCAGUUGUACAAUCAGCAAAUUGCCCCUUGAGAGAGCUGAACCUGAGCAAAAACGACCUGCAGGACUCAGGAGUGGAGAUGCUCUCAGAUGGACUGAAGAGUUCACACUGUAAACUGGAGAUACUGAGACUGUCUGGCUGUUGUAUCACAGCGGAAGGCUGUUCUGUUCUGGCAUCAGCUCUGACUUCAAACCCCUCAUAUCUGAGAGAGUUGGACCUCAGCUGCAAUCAUCCAGGAGAACUAGGUGGUCAGGUUCUCUUGGCUAGAGUGAACGAUCCAACCUGCAAAUUGGAAAUACUCAAUCUGGAACAUGAAGGCCAGUUUAGGAUUACAGCUGGAUUACGAAGAUAUGCCCAGGAGCUCACACUGGACCCAAACACUGCACACACACAUCUGUUUCUGUCUGAGGGAAGCAGAACUGUGACACAUGUAGAAGAGACGCAGUCAUAUCCAGAUCAUCCUGAGAGAUUUGAGUGCUAUCCUCAGGUUCUGUGCAGAGAGAGUCUGUCUGAAUGCUGUUCCUGGGAGGUUGAGUGGAGUGGGAAGAGUGGAGUCUAUGUUUCAGUGUCAUAUAAAGGUAUCAGGAGGAAAGGAGAGACUAAUGACUGUGAGUUUGGAUCCAAUGAGAAGUCCUGGAGGCUCAUCUGCUCUGAUAACAGUUUCUCAGCCUGGCACAAUAAUGAGAGGACUAAAAUGCGUCCACCGUCAUCCUCAUCUCGUUCUAAAAGGGUAGGGGUGUAUUUGGACUGGCCAGCUGGCACUCUCUCCUUCUACUGCAUCUCUGACACAAACAGAGUCACACACUUACACACAUUCCACUCCACAUUCCCAGAGCCUCUCUACGCAGGGUUUGGCCUUUAUUCUGGCUCCUCAGUGUCUCUGUGUCAGAUUGAGACGUCUCCUGUCGGAAAGAACUCAAACAACUGUGGGAAUGGCAUAAAUACAGUUUUAACAAACACUUAGAUCAGAGCAGAACUGUUAUGUUUGUUCUACAAGCACAUAAAAAAAAUGUAGAAAUAUAACUCCGAUAAUAAAAAAUAACUGAUUUU